GCUCGACCUCAGGACAACUCUUAAAGCUAUGAGACCUACGCGCUAGCCAACUGCUCCACCACCCGGUGUUCUUUGUUCGAUGCGAAGAUUAUGUAUCAAAACAUUGUUCAGCACGUUCAACAAUUACUUCCCUCUUCUCACCGGCCUUUCUUUUUUAAGUCAGGGGUACCGUUUUUUGUGGAUUACUUCUUGGAACUCGUUUGACUUAAUCUGGGCAAGAAGCAGCAGAGCAAGAUGGCCAAUCAUUUGAUAAUCUUGGGUGUUUCCCUUCUCUUGCUCAUUUUCCUUAAUGGAAUUCAGGGCAUUUAUGAUCGUAGCUACAUGCAGCAGAUUUUAAGCUCAGCCCAACAAGAUAAACAUUGGUUAGUAUCCAUCAGGAGACAAAUCCAUGAAAACCCAGAACUCAGAUUUGAAGAACACAACACCAGUGCUCUUAUUCGCAGGGAACUUGACAGGCUUGGCAUCCCUUAUGAAUACCCACUUGCCAAAACUGGCGUCGUCGCCCAAAUUGGUUUCGGUUCUUGGCCAGUCGUUGCUCUCCGGGCCGACAUGGAUGCUCUUCCCUUGCAAGAGCUGGUUGAGUGGGAGCAUAAGAGCAAAAUUGAUGGUAAAAUGCAUGGAUGUGGGCACGAUUCCCACACUACAAUGCUCCUCGGUGCUGCCAAGUUGCUUAAUGAGCGUAAACCCAAACUUAAGGGAACUGUGCGACUUCUUUUCCAACCAGCAGAGGAAGGAGGUGCUGGUGCAUCUCAUAUGAUAGAAGAAGGUGCACUGGGUGACUCUGAAGCAAUAUUUGCAAUGCACAUAGGUACUGAAUUACCCACGGGAAGCAUAUCAUCCCUAUCAGGGCCAGUCUUAGCUGCUGUGUCAUUCUUUGAAGCUAAAAUUGAAGGCAAAGGUGGCCAUGCUGCAGAGCCCCAUACUAAUGUGGAUCCAAUACUUGCUGUAUCAUUUGCAAUUCUGGCAUUGCAACAGCUCAUCUCGAGAGAAGUUGAUCCCCUCCAUAGUGAAGUGCUGUCUGUUACUUAUGUCAAAGGCGGAACUGCCCUAAAUGUAAUUCCACCAUAUGUUGAAUUUGGGGGUACUUUGAGGAGUCUAACAACUGAGGGCUUGCAUCAACUCCAGCGGAGAAUGAAACAGGUUAUUGAAGGCCAGGCAGCUGUGCACAGAUGUAAUGCAUACAUUAACAUGGAAAAUGAAGGCUACCCAGCAUAUCCUGCUGUUGUAAAUGAUGAAAGCUUGAAUUUGCAUGUUCAGAGGAUUGGUAGUCUUCUUCUUGGUCCUAGGAAUGUGAAAAUGGGUCAGAAGGUGAUGGCUGGCGAGGACUUUGCGUUCUAUCAAGAAAAGAUUCCUGGAAUCAUGCUCAGCAUUGGAAUUAGAAAUGAAAAAUUAGGUUCAAUUCACUCCCCACACUCACCUCAUUUCUUUCUUGAUGAAGAUGUUCUUCCAAUUGGAGCAGCAUUACACACAGCCUUAGCGGAGACUUAUCUGAAUGAGCAUCAUCAGUCUGUUGAACAGUAGGUAAUCUUUUGAUUACAAGCACAAUGUAUGAUAUGUUAUGAAUUAAGUAAAUUGUGCUUCAUGUCCUUAUCCUGUGUGAGGAAAACAUAAAAUAUAUGGUUUCUAAACCAUGUUCAUUCCAUAAACUCUAGGAUCCAUGUUUGUUUCACUUAGUCCACUGAGUGAUCACAUGUAAUGCACGAUUUAUAGGGAUUAUUCCACAGUCUUAAUUGUAUACCUUGAAUGCAGAAAACACUAGCUCCACAAAUGUUGAGAGUUACCGAAGGAAGACCAAAUCCUAGCCAAAAGAAUGCAAUCUGUUUGCACCUUUUUGUCUCUUUA